AUGUCCUCUUCUCUCUCCUUAUCACUCUCUGCCCCCUCCUCCAUCAACGAUUAUUCCUUCCUCCAUGGAACAAAGCUCUUUCCCCUUUCUCGAAGGGUGGCACCACGCCGCUUCAACUCUUCCUCUGCCAAGUGCUCCCUCGACCACAUUCCCAAGCAGUUCAGAAAGGAAAAUCUCAAGGAUGGAUUGACGGAAAACUACAAGAAUGUACCUCAAUAUCUAUAUGGCCUUACUCCUUCACAAAUGGACAUGUUCAUGACAGAAGAUAACCCUGUCCGCCGGCAAUCUGAGAUGGUUACAGAGGAAAGCAUCUCAUCUGCCAGAAAUUAUAUAGAGAAUGGUGGAAUGUGGAGUCUAUCUGGCAUGGGUAAAAAUAAUGCUUCAAAAUACAGCAUGAGUGUUAGUAUGUAUCGAGGAGGUAGGGGAACUGGAAGGCCAAAAACUGCUCCACCAGAUCUGCCUUCUUUGCUUUUGGAUGCUCGAAUAUGCUAUGUGGGCAUGCCGAUUGUUCCAGCUGUGACCGAACUUGUUGUUGCUCAAUUCAUGUGGUUGGAUUAUGAUAACCCUACCAAACCUAUUUACUUAUAUAUUAAUUCAUCUGGAACUCAGAAUGAGAAGAAUGAGACCGUGGGAUCAGAGACUGAGGCAUAUGCCAUAUCUGAUAUGAUGUCUUAUGUCAAAGCAGAUGUGUAUACUGUAAAUUGCGGCAUGGCAUUUGGUCAAGCAGCAAUGCUUCUCUCACUUGGAACAAAGGGUUAUCGUGCUGUACAGCCAAACUCAUCUACAAAAUUAUAUCUCCCAAAAGUCAACAGAUCAAAUGGUGCUGUUAUAGACAUGUGGAUUAAGGCAAAAGAGCUAGAGGCAAAUUCUGAGUCUUACAUUGACUUGUUAGCAAAAGGCACAGGGAAAUCAAAGGAAGAAAUUACUAAAGAUGUCCAGAGGCCUAAGUAUCUUCAAGCACAGGAAGCUAUAGACUACGGAAUUGCUGACAAAAUAAUCGAUUCAAGUUCAUCAGAUGUUGCAUUUGAGAAGCGGAAUUAUGAUGAAAUGCUUGCUCAAUCAAGAGCUAUGAGGAAUCGGGCUGGUGGCAAUCCUCAAGUGUCUCCUUCAGGAUUCAGGUAA